CACAGGCGGUUAGGCGUGUGCGCGCGCGCGAGCGAGUGAGGUGAGGGCAGUGGACGCGCGCACGUCAGCGUCUGUGUGUGCGUUUCGCUUCGGUUGAUGUCGGUGGUUUUUAGCGGAUAAAGAGGGAGUUGAGCGAUCGUCGCUCGCUCGAGUGUGUGCGGAGAGUGCGUGCGUGCGGAGCGACGAGCGCGGCGUUUCACAGAUCCUGCCACAUUAGUGUGUGUGUGUGUGUGUCAGUGUGUGUGUGUGUGUGUGUGAGAGAGAGAUGGUGAUGGAGAAGCCGAGCCCCCUGCUCGUAGGACGCGAGUUUGUGCGGCAGUACUACACACUCCUGAAUAAAGCGCCCGAUUACCUGCACAGGUUUUACGGCAGGAACUCCUCGUAUGUUCACGGCGGGCUGGACGGCAACGGGAAGCCAGAGGAGGCCGUGUUUGGUCAGGCGGAGAUCCAUAAGAAGGUGAUGUCACUGCAGUUCAGCGAGUGCCACACUAAGAUCCGGCAUGUGGAUGCUCACGCCACCCUCGGGGACGGGGUGGUGGUGCAGGUGAUGGGCGAGCUGUCCAACAGUGGCCGGCCCAUGAGGAGGUUCAUGCAGACGUUUGUUCUCGCUCCUGAGGGCUCUGCUGUCAAUAAGUUCUACGUGCACAAUGACAUCUUCCGCUAUGAAGAGGAGGUGUUCGGAGACUCUGAGGCUGAACUGGGAGAGUCUGAAGAGGAAGAGGUGGAGGAGGAGGAGCAGGUGGAGACUCAUGCCUCGCCUGAACCGGCUCAGGACCGUCCCAGCAGCACCACCUACUAUGAGCCGCCGUCCACUGUCAGUAAUGGAGUCGAGGAGCAGCAGCAGGAGGAGGCGGUCCCUGAGGCGGAGCCAGAGUCCCAGCCGGAGGCGCUGGCCAAUCAGGAGACAGAGGCGGAGCUUAACCCAGAGGCAGAGCUGCAGGUGGCUGAGGCAGAGCCUGAGGAGGAGAAACUGGCAGAGGAGGAGAGAAGCUCCACCCCUGUCCCCGCCCUGACUCCGCCCCCUCACACCCCAGAGCCGCCCAAGGCGUUCUCAUGGGCUCUGGUGACCAGUAAGAAUCUUCCUCCGGCCGGCGCUGGGAUCUCUCCACACAUGCUGAAAGCGCCGAGUGUUCAGCCACGGGUGGAGGUCAAACAGGACGGUCAGUCCCUACCCAGAGAUCAGCGGCGGGAGAGACCGGGCUUUACUCAACGAGGACCCAGAGCAGAUGGAAGCGGCUCGGAAGCUCCGGGUGGGAAACAGUACAUCAGUUUUAAGGGUCGCGGUGACUCUGAUGCCGGUGAUGCGGAGGGCCGCAGGUCUGUUCGUUAUCCAGACAGUCAUCAGCUGUUCGUCGGAAAUCUUCCUCAUGACAUCGACGAGGGUGAACUGAAGGACUUCUUCAUGACGUUUGGGAACGUGGUGGAGAUGAGGAUCAACACCAAAGGUGUCGGAGGGAAACUGCCCAACUUCGGAUUUGUGGUGUUCGAUGACUCUGAGCCGGUGCAGAGGAUUCUGGGAGCAAAGCCCAUCAUGUUCCGCGGUGAAGUUCGGCUGAAUGUGGAGGAGAAGAAGACCAGAGCGGCCCGGGAGCGGGAGACCAGAGGAGCGUCUGAUGGCCGGCGCGGGCCCCGGGGCCCCAUGGGGAACGGACGCGGGCCGCCGGCGGCAAGGGGAGGAAUGGGUGCGGGACGAGGAGAAAACCGCUUCACGGGCCCACGGCGCUGAGGACGAACGUCCCGCCGAACGCACGACAAACCAGUCUCUGUUUGCUUUUGGUUUUGGUUUUUCUCUCCGUGUCUCUCUGGCUUUUGGACUGUGACCGGCCGUCAAAGACUCCGAACUCACGCCCGCGCCGAUCAGGAGCGUCAUCUGCGCUUUUCCUUUGUAUUAUUCUUGUCACGAUUUUGCAAAGAAGAUGAAUGGGACCUUUUUUCCUAUAGAACAGUUGAAUGUCACGAAGGGGUUUCCUCAUGGAACUGAUUUCUGCACAUUUUAUAAUGGACGAACAUCAGCGCUUCAUAAAUCAGUGCUCAGUGUACAAUUAUUUAUUUUCCUAGUAAAUAAAACAGUGGUGGUGCCUUAACUCGAUUCUCUCCCGUCUGUCCAUCUGUCUGAAGCACGAGCAGCUGUUUUACAGGUACCGGUUCUGGACGGUCCAGAUGUUUGAUGUGAGGCUGAAGCUGGACCGUUCCUCGCUCCACGAGCUCAUGUUUCUUCUGUUUUCUAAACGUCUUUGCAUGGCUGAUUGUGGGACGUGCUGCUCUUUUCAUACAGCGUUUCUCACCACACUGUCCACCUGUGUUCAGUUCUGGGUUCAGAUUGGACUUCAGCAGGUUUUUGUUUGAAUGUGUUUUCAACUUUCAAUAAACUACUGAAAUCUG